AUGGGCUCAUUACCAGAUGAUCUACCUCUAUCAGCUAUAAGCAUCCCCGGAUCGCACAACGCACAUACGCACUAUCGAGCCCUCCCAUCUGUUCGAUGUCAGGUUCACGAUGUCAAGGCACAGCUCGAGAACGGGAUCAGAUUCCUGGACAUACGGGUACAGCCAACACACGCAACGGAUGCAUCAAAGAAAGACCUUUACCUAGUACACGGCGCAUUCCCUGUGAGCCUGACAGGACCAAAGUACUUUGAGCCUAUCCUAAAGAUCUGCUACGACUUUCUCUUAGCCAAUCCUAGCGAGACGGUAUUGGUGAGUUUGAAGCGAGAAGGCGUGGGAAGCGCGACGGACGAGCAUCUUGCCCGUGUUCUAGAGGAGCACUACAUCACCCCCAAUGCGCGCCAUUGGUACACGGAGAACGCGAUACCGUACUUGGGAGCUGUAAGGAGUAAGCUGGUUCUGGUACGGAGGUACAAUGUAGCUCGGACUGUGGCUUCAUCUUCGCGUUCGGAUUGCAAGAAUGGCGGCCUGGACGCAACAGCCUGGCCGCACAACGCAACCCACGCCGUCUUCCCGUCGCACUCUUCCGCACCAACAUUCUGUCUCCAAGACUUCUGCGAGGUCCUAGUACCGGAUAUCAUACCAACGAAGAUACAGCAUUGCAACGACCAUCUCGUGCGUUCUGCCGCCGCUGUUCACCCCUUUCCUGGAAUAACGACCGAUGUCACGAACCCGGUACCGCCAGGUCCUCUGUACCUGAACUUUCUCUCUGGAAGCAACUUCUGGAAGAAAUCCUGCUGGCCUGGGGCUAUCGCCAAGAUUGUCAACAGGGGCAUGGAGGAGUGGCUUUGCGAGGGACAUCACUUGGAGGCUCCAAAUACGACACCUCGCCACCCGGAGGUCGCAGAUGAGAGCGCCGAAGGUGUAGUGAGGAGGUCAAAAAUCGGUGAUGGAAGUACGGGUGUUGUUGUGAUGGAUAAUGUGGGAGAGAAUGGGGAUUGGGAGUUGGUCAAGCUGAUCAACCCAAGCAUUCCCCAAUCACGCAAGCGCACAGUCAGGAUAGGUCCUCUACCCGAAGGACCAGUCAGUGAACCAACGAUACAUCGAAUAUUUGGGCGAAAGCUAUCGGGUCACGACGGCAACAAUGUUCUGCGGAUAUUACACCACCGGCGGACAGCAGGCUCGCUUGCCGACUACGGCGUGGACAAUCUCGGGAAGCAAUAUACACACGUGAGCAGGGAUACGGCAUUGAAGGGCCUGGAGUGGUUGCGAGAGAAAUACCCAAUAGAUGAGGCGCGUGCGGCGGAGGAAUGGGCAGAGAAAGAGGCAAACCGUAUAGCCUACGAGCUGUGGCUGGCCGACCCAGAAACCGAGUCCAAAUACAAGGACCCCGCUCGCGCUUUCCGAGAACAAAUGGAGAAGGAAGAGGCAGAGAGGAUACAACAGGAAGAGGACAAUCGCAAGAUUGGCAUACUGCAUGCAGGCAAGAGUCAGUUUGAGCUCAACAUCGAGGAGAAGAGGAGACAACGAUUAGAAGAGAUUACACGGAAAGCAGAAGAGAAGGAGCAACAGGAGAGAGAAAUGGAAGAGAAACUGGCGACUGGAGAGUAUGUACGUACGCCAACUGGUACGCAACUCAUGAAACCCGGUCAAACAGCCUACGUCGACGUCUUUGGUCGCGAACAGGUCAGUCGAAGGAAAGAGGAGAUGGAAAAAUACAGCAAGGCUGCUCAAAUAACGGAUGCGAAGACGGAAGAAGAGCUACUCGCGCAAACCACACUUGCGCAACGUCUCUACCCCAUGUCCGCCUUCGUCUUCCUCACAGUCCUAAUCUGCUACGGUUUCGCCCACUACUACCUCCCGCCCUCGCCCUCCUACCGCCUGCUCCCCGACCUCAGCCCCACAACCGCCACCAUCGGCGCGCUGCUGGCCAUAAACGUCGGUAUAGCAGUAGCAUGGCGAGUGAUGCCCCUCUGGCCCAUCCUAACCCGCUACUUCAUGCACGUCCCCGGCUACCCGCGCGCCGUCCAAAGCGUCCUCAACGUCUUCAGCCACGUCCAGUACGAGCAUCUCCUCGCCAACAUGAUGAUGCUCUGUCUCGUCGGUCCCGCAUGCUGCGACCUCGUCGGCCGCGGCACUUUCAUGGGCACAUACAUCUCCGCUGGCGCCGUGGGUACUUUGUUCUCCCUCUACUGGGCUAAUCUCGGCCGCGGAAAUAUUACUGCUCACUCCGUCGGUGCUUCCGCAGCUAUCUGGGGUAUCUCCGUCCUCUACUGCCUCCUCACCGACCAAGAGAAGCUUAAAAUCCCUUUUGUAAAAGAGCAGGAGGUGGCGUUUUGGCCUAAGAUGCUGUUGGGUGCUUUCAUCGUGCUUGAGAUUUUCCAGUCGUUUAAGAAGGGUACGUCGACUGCGGAUCAUGCUAGUCAUUAUGGCGGCAUGUUUGUUGGGUUUGUGACGGCGGGGUAUAUGCAUGCGAAUGGGUGGAAGGAUAGGCCGCGGUUUGUGGAUAGAGAGGGUGGCGUUGUUGAGAAGGGGGUGCAGGAGAGGGCGGGCGUGGAUGGGAAGACGGUGGAUGUUGGGGCGGUUGUUAAGGACGUUAAGGAGAGUUUGACGGGCGGUGGGAAGUAG